AUGGCAAGUCACGUCCAACGGAUACUGAGUGAGCGGGCGGCAGCACGUGCAGCUAGCCAAGUGCAAGCUUUCAACGCAUUCUGCACGCGGCUCGGCGUAGAUCCCCCACGAGACGUCCCUCUCCGCCAGAGCAACGGUCACUGGCAACAUAACACGGAACUGCAGCGUGUUACUACGGCGAUGGCAUGUGAACACAAGAUGCGCCUCCAAGACAUUGUUGAACUGGUACGAGACCAGGAGCGAGGUGAUUUUCGCCCGAACAAGACAAUGUAUCCGUCUCGUUUCACUCGACUGCUAGAUGGCUACCGACACAAGGACCUCUUGGUGCAGAUAGCCCGUACUGGUAUUCAACCAACUUGGAAGCAGCAAGACCCCUCUCGAACGAAGCCGAUUAAAAACCACCGAUCGGCAUCUCGACACCUCAACGCUGUCAUCAGGGCCAUUCGCAAGGGCCAAGAUGCGGGGCUGUACCUCGUUCUCGAUGCUGAAGUGCUUCGGCAUUGGGAAAAUAUUCAGAUCAGCCCCCUCGGCGCAGUCCCGAACAAGGAUUGUUCUCCUGAAGACGAAGUAAGGCUAAUUCAUGACCUCUCAUUCCCCCGCGGUCACUCGACAAACGAUGCAUCAAGAACAGAAGAUUGUCCUGACGUCGAGUAUAAACACGUGGCUGCGAUCGCGAAACGAAUUGAAGCAUGCCACGCUCGAUACAAGGGAGCCGCUAUAAUGAUCAUGAAGGGCGACGUGAAAGGAGCGUUCCGCCACCUAAUGCUGGCUAGCGGCCAUGUUCGCUGGAUGGCGGCCACAAUCCCUGAACUUGGUGUACUGAUCGUGGAUAUAUCCGCUCCAUUCUGA